CGGUGCUCGGUGAGCAACAUGGCGAGUUAGAGGGUGAGAAAACUCGUCGUCGAGCGGGCACAGGUGUUUCCCAUUCGGGUGUCGUACUCGCUCGGAAUCCUGCGGAUUUGCAUCGUUAUUUAUCGUUCCUCGCAACGAUCGUGGGGCUACCACAGUUUCCGGAGUUUACGUGAGGCAGCCUGCGUCAGGCACCCUUUCCUCACGACGGUCCUCGCAACAUUCGGGCCAUUCGGGGAAGUAAAGCGGAAACCCUCACGUUUCGACCUUACCUGUUAGUCGAACUAGCACACAAGCUCGGCGGAAGGUCGUUUAUUUCGUUUCUCGAUCGAACCCGAUCGCCGUACUCCACAUGUCACGCGUGUCUGAGCACUGUGCUUGUCAAUAAUAAGUAUGCUUAUCAGUGUUCUCUGAGAUUAAAAUCUGUAAAAAAUUUACACGCCGCCCUGAGUUAAGAUAUUUCUAAACGCUUAGGAAGUUUGCAGUGCCAUGUUGAAUCUCGAUAAACGUGCUGAAGAUAAAACUUAACAUACACAGACUUAAAGCAUCGAUGAAAUGUAGAGCUUGUCGAGUACGACAGUAUUGCACGGCUGUACGGAUUACAACAAUGAAUUGAAAUAGCAACAAUAACUGAAACUGCACAAUGCCUUAAAAUACUGAGGUAAUCGCGAAUUGGUGAGCAACAUGGACAACGCAAGCGACAAAGACAAUGAUCAAAUGAAAGAAGUAAAAGAAACGGAAGGGCAAGCGACGAAGACUACUGGCAAGAUAUUCGUGAAGAAAUUUCACCAGAUAAGCGAGGAGCCUUUGUUGAAAAGUGAUGAUCAUGUGCAACGUGCGAUCAAGGGUCUCAAGGAGAUACCGGAUGAAGAACUGAAGGAGGAACUGAAGGAACUGAAGGAGUUCCUCGACGAUGAAGACUUUAUGCUGGAAGGACUGGACGUUGUGGACGCAUGGGAAGGAGAUGAAGACAAAAACCGCGAGAACGAGCAAGACAUGACAGGGUCUAAGAAGCAAGGAGAGAACCAACUCUCUAGGGAGCACCAUCGUCCCGAGCCUAAAGGACCUCACAAACGUAAAAAGCCGAAGAAAGAAGAGAAGAAACGCGAAGAGAUUCGUCGGGAUCCUUUGAAGAGCACCAAGGACAUCGAAAGGGACAAAAUGCGAACGAAGAGAGACACCGAGAACAAGCUUCUUGCUGAAAAGGAGAAGGCGAUCAAGUACUUGUUGGACUCGGACAAUGUAGUCCCGCCUGGGACGGAAACUGAAGCCAUUCAGAGCAUUGCGGAGGAACAGAACAGAGAACGAGCGCAGCGUGAAGCACAACGAAGCAGAGAGCAUCGCAGGAGCAAAUCGUUGCAACGUUAUGGUAAAUCUUCGCCACGGCGCAGAACUCCCGAUCGAUCUCGGCUGAGUCCUCAUCGACGAAAAAGUCCUUUUGUAAGCCCAGAUCGCCGUAGAACCCCUAUUAUAAAAACAGAAGAAAGACACAGAAGUCCUAGAUAUAGUCCAGGCAGACGGAAAAAUUCACCACGAUCCUACGACCGGAGAACUCCUAUAUUAAGUCCAGAUCGACGAAGAAGCCCUAGGCGACUUAGUGGAGAACGGCGGUCCAGCGUAGAUAGAAGAUGGAGUCCUGAGCGACUCCGUAGAAGACGCGCUGAUUGGACGCAUGAACGCCGGAGAAGCCGAUCUCGUGAUCGAAGGAGUCGCAGCACGGAACGUCCGAGAAAACGAUCGAGCCGUUCACCAACGGGCAGACGAGCGAGUCGUUCGCCAGUGAGCAGACGAUACAGCCCCCGUCGCCGAAGUCGCACACGUAGCAGAUCAUUGGAGAAGCGCGUCAGGAAGCGUUCACCCUUCAUCAACGAAUUGGCAAGACAACUGCGAAACGAAGCCAUGUCGACCGGCGCGAACACAAGUGGAUACGUGCCGUCCGCGACGAUGGAAGGAAUCGCACCGUUACUCAACCCGCCUACAUAUAAACAAGAAGCGGAAUCCAGGCCACAGCCACCAGCGCACCCGCCACCAGCACAGCCGCCACCACCACCACCGUCUGUAGCACCCCCGUACACACAUCAACCGGGUCCGCCAUCGUCAUCUAUGCUACCACCUAUGCUAACCGGAUCGUUUAUGAAUUUCGAAUCUAUGCCGGCUACAGCAUCGCCAAUGAAUUUCGAACCUAUGCCGCCGACAUCCCUGACCCCAAAUCUGCCUCCAGCCAAUUAUUCAUCCGGUCCGGUCAUGUACAAUCAGCCGAAUGCCGCUGCUGUGCCGCAAGCACCUCCGCAAUCGGUGAUGUGCUCACCAUUGCUUCCUAUGCCGAUACCCUCGCCGCAACCUGUACCCCCUCCGAUGAUGGAUCAUACGCAUAUGUCGUACAAUCCAUCGUAUACUGUACCCUUUAUCCAACAAACACCGGUUCAUCAAUUUGAACCUCCAAACAAACCUUUGAAUCGCUCAGCCACACCUUCUACGUCACAGAGCUAUACAGAACAUGGACCGGCGGCAUCGUCAUCGUACAACGAAGCUUACUCUCCGCCCCAGGAACGAAUAAAGACACCCGAACCGCCGAUCAUCUCCAAACGAAAACAAAAAACCAGCUUAUCCAGUCUAUUGGAAGCAUCUGUUUCAGCUAAAGAUUCAUCUAAUAUACCGGUACUAUAUCCAGGAUUCAAGCCUGAAAUAAUGCGACAUUGCGAACAAGCGCUAUUUCAACUUCCAAUGGAGGAUCCGCGUUUAAAGAUGAAGGGUAGAUUUUUCUACGAUCGCAACGAAGAAAAAGAAACGAAAGACGUUUCCGAAGACCAUACGUCGAAUUCGAUACUUCUGCAGAAAAGCAAAACCAAGAUAUUCUGGGAAGAGAGCAACGUGGAACAGCCGGUACCGAUUCCGAAAGCAAUAACUCAAAUGCAUCAGAAGAUCUGUCAGACAGAUGAAGUGGAAACGGAAAGCAAGGGUGUGCAAGUAUACGUCACCACGGCCGACUUUGGAUCACAGGUCGAUGAACACGAUCUCCAACCGGUAAAAGAAGAAAAACGGCCGAUAAUGGAUCGUCUAGAUUGGAGCGCGCGGGAUACAUAUGAAUAUGCAUCCAAGUAUCGCGGAGAAGAGGAUCUGAGAUGGAGUCUAAAUAACUCUUUGCAGAGACGUACUUGGAACAGGCAAGCGUCUCCUCCUAGAAGAUCCGAUGAACAAGAGCAUCAUUUAGAUUCCAUAGAACAUGAAUCUAGAAGCUUGAGGCUGGAGUCUCCUGUUAGAAGUAGAGAUGAUUUUUCUUCUCACUCUGAUAUGCGUGAUCACUAUAGUCAUGACAGAUAUUCGCCAGAGUAUCAUAGACGGUCUGUGGAGCGCGACGAAUUUCAUGACAGAAGAAGCAAUCAUAGUCGUGGAGAAAGCCCGAUGGAAUUAGAAGAAUCCGACGAUGAAAUGACUGGCCAUACAUUCCAAAGGGGAUCUGAUUGGCACGGAAAAGGAAAAAUCUUAAAGGGCAAAAGCCAUAAGCUUGUAGGAGGAAAACCGUAUCGGAGUCGCGGAAACUUUCGGGGCAAAUUUUAAAACUAUUCAUUGCAUAUAUGAAAUAUUUCAACAUCAUAUGAAUAACUUCAUUAUAUAUAUGUAUAUAUAUGUAUACAUAUAUAUAGAAGGCGGCAAACACUAUUUUAAAUAAUAUAAACGAUCAAUCAAUAAAUGAUACUGAUUUGGAUGAUACACAUGCACGAAAUUAUUCGAUGUUAAAUGAUAAAAAGUGAAGAGAAUACAAUUUUCAGGAUAAACGUUCAAUGAAUUUAUAGUGAAACAAAGUGAAAAAAAGCUAUAGGGCAUAAUGAUAUGCUCAAGUAUCUUUGCAUAAGUGUGUUUCAAAGAAUUAAUUUGUGCAUACCGCGCUGAAAUGAAGAUUAGUGUCCGCAAAAACAUAUUAACUUUUUUUUUUUAAGUUACAAUCAAAUUGAUGUUAUAUAGGUAUGAUAAACACUUUUGACAUUUUGUUUGUGUCAUUUUUACUGUGUAUACUAUAUGAUACUUUAACAAUUUCAAUGUAACAAAAUACAAUCUUAUUGAGAAAACAUAUAUGUAAUGAAGAUGUUAUUAAAUUAUAUUAAAAGAUGUCACGAAUUUAAAACAAAAUGUAAUGUAAAAAUCUCAAACGAAAA